CAAGGAAGUGGGGUGACUAACACGUCUCCAGUGAUUAGAAGCAUAUGGUCCAUCAUUACUUUUCUCAUUCUGUGCUCUGGCACAACAGAGGAAACAUGCGGCUGUGGACUGUCCUGCUGCUCGCUCUGCUCAAUCAGGCUUUUGCUGCCGAGGAGUCUUGUAUGGGUCGCUGUGAGAAUGGCUUUGACGUUCAGAGGAAAUGCCAGUGUGACUCAAUGUGCAAGUAUUACAAGAGCUGCUGCUCUGACUAUGAGUCCAUCUGUUCUAUGAUGACUCGUGGAGACACUUUUGUGUUGGCAGAGGAUGAUGAUGAGCUGUUGGAAGACACCACUCCAUCAAUGGCCACAGGCGGCAUUAGUCGCCAGCUGAAGCCCACACAGCAACCCAUCUCAGAUUUCAGCCGCAAACCACAGAAACAUCCAGAAACCACGCUGGAAAUGACCAAACCCACACUGCUGAUGGAGAUUAUAUCUAAGAAAACGCCUGUGAUGGAGAUAACACACAUUUCACAGACAGUCCCACCUCCACAGGACGUCCCGACCACGACUGAACCCCCUCAGACUGACCCAACCACUGUACCCAUCACGGCCCCCACUGAAGCACCCGACCCAGACGCAGUGGUCUGCAGUGGGAGGCCUUUUGACUCCUUCAUGCAAGUAAAAAAUGGCUCCACAUAUGCCUUCAGAGGGGAUUACUUCUUUGAACUGGACCAGAAGUCAGUUCUUCCUGGUUAUCCAAAGCUCAUAAAGGACGUGUGGGGCAUCGACGGACCCAUUGAUGCUGCUUUCACCCGUGUCAACUGUCAAGGGAAGACUUAUAUAUUCAAGGGAAACCGAUACUGGAGGUUUGAUGACGGCGUGCUGGAUGAUGACUAUCCUCGAGAUAUCAGCGUGGGCUUUGACAAAAUUCCUGAUCAUGUGGAUGCAGCGUUUGCUCUGCCUGCUCCUGGUCACAAUGGAAGAGAGAAGGUUUACUUCUUCAAAGCCGAUCAGUAUUACACGUACGAGUUUAUGCACCAGCCUUCCCACCAUGAGUGCAUCGCCAUGUCUGAGAGGUCUCCAUCCGCACUGUUCAGGGACUACACCGGCAUCUACUACAACAACUAUCAACAUUAUCUCAGCCAGCUCUUCUCCAACUCGCCUCAGCAUCAUGACAAACACCACUUCAUUGACAAGGACUGGAAGGGCCUCAAGUCUCCAGUUGAUGCUGUCCUCACAGGCAGAAUGUUCGUCCCUCCGAGGAGGCCCACACCACAACAGUGGGGUCCACAGCCAGGCCAGCAGUGGAACCAGCAGUACCCGCCGUAUGGACAGCAGUGGAACCAGCAGUGGGGUCGUAGGAGGCAAAGUCGUUCACCCUUCUGGGAAUCCAUGGCUGAACAGGGGAUGAACAUGGGCCAGGACAUUGCGGAAAUGGGGAGGGAAAUGGGUCUGAGGUUGGCAGAGAGGCAGAGGGAAAUGGGUCGGGAGUUGGCAGAGAGGCAGAGGGAAAUGGGUCGGAGGUUGGCAGAGAGGCAGAUGGAAAUGGGUCGGAGGAUGGCAGAGAGGAGGAUGGAAAUGGAGGAGAGGCUUGGACGUAUUUGGGAUAGACGGGGGGAUCAAGACUGGGACCAGGACAGACGGCAAGAUAGUCAAAACAACGGAGGCAACUAUGACUCCAGAAGUGACUGGAUGUACUUGCAGCCCCCCGAGAGGAGUAUGCCCAUACAGACCGUCUACUUCUUUAAAGGAGAUAAAUACUACAGAGUGGACCUCAGGAGCAAGAGAGUCGACCCUGCCAUGCCUCCAUACCCCAGAUCCAUUGCCAAGUACUGGCUCGGCUGCACAGACAACCCCGGAGCAGAGAAGUAGUUUGAAAUAUUUUUAGGUAUUUUAAUAUGAUCAACUGGGAAAAAACGAUCAUUUAUUUUUUACUAAAAUUGGCAGUGUUAGUUGUAAAAGAAGUGUGUCAAACAUGUUCAGUGUAACACAACUUCAGCAAAUAUUGGAGAUCGAUGAAAGUCCACACAUAGCCAAAGUUCAGCCGGUUGAUUGAACUCUUGUUUCUCGUCUCUUGUCAACAUUAACUGACCUUCUUUAUUAAAAACAACUUCUGAGAAAAACUUGGGACGCUCUAUAAAACAUAAAUAAAGGCAAAAUGCAAUGAUUUGCAACAAUUAGUGUCCUCCUGUGUUGUUGAAAUAAAAAGUGAUGCAGCACAGAGGUAUGUAUAUUAAAUGAAUAUUUAAUAUACUAAUGAUUUGCAAAUCAUUGCAGUCUGUUUUUAUCUACAUUUUAUACUGUGUUACAACUUUUUUGGGAUUGGGGUUGUACUUUUACUCACUUACUCCACUAUAAUUCAGUAUAUAUUCAGUAUUGUACUUUUUACAAACAUUUAUGGGAAAGCUAUAGUUACCAGUUACUUUAUGAUUUGAAAUAAAAUAUACAUGAUCAGCUAAUAAAGGGGCCACUGUUAGAGGUUAAACUAAUACAAUAAGUAAGCUUCACCUCAAACAUAUUUGAAAGUACAUUUUGAUGCUAAUACUGUGGUAGUUUGACUCGUAACAGAGUGUUUUUGCAGAGUGCUGUUUCACUGAAAUAAAAUAUCAGUACGUCUUCCACACAGACAGAUUUCUAAAUCACGUAUUUACAAACUUUAAAAUGUUUAUUUUCAUUAUUAAUUGUGAACAUAUUUACAGUGAAUAUGAAAUAUAAAACACUCAUGACACAAUGAAGGUUUCAUGCACCAAAAAGGAGUCUUUAAAUCUUGACGUAUGGUCGUACAGAUGUCUUGUGUAAUGAGAAGAAAACUCCCAAUGUUCAGUAAUGUGCCUUUUACUCAACAGCAGCAUUAUGUGUGACCGCAGUGGUCAGUGAGAGGUGUGUUCAUGCUCGAGGGCGCUUUGACUGCAGGUUGUAGUUGUGGGAAUAUUCUUACAAAAACAGUUUUCUGACAUCUAAUAACAAGUAAAACAGGGCAAAUAUAAUAAUAUAAUACACUGGCAAAACAGCUUUGUUAAAUUUUAUCAGCUUUACAGAUGUCGAAAGGCUGCACUGUGUGCUGAUUCAAAGUGAGUCGCAUCUGUGAAUCACAACUUGUAACAAAAACACAUUUCGUAAUGAAGCAUGGUGUUGUUUUUGCCAUUCUUCCCCUUGCCGUCAUCUUCCUGGAAUAACCCAGAUGUUCAAAAAAUAAGAAAAAUCUCAACUCUUUAUGUCUGUUCAUCCUUUGUGAGUCCCAGUUAUUACAGUACUUGUAUGUAUACAGUUUAUACAACGUGCAUCUCUGGAGCAAAUAAAAACAAUGAUCGCU